GAACCGCUGGUUUAUGGUAUUGUAUUGUUGAUACAUCUGGGAAGAACUAGAACGUUCAAUCGAUUUAUAUGUGUAGCAUUGUCCAAGUACCUAGUGGCUAGUUUUAUAAACUAACAAUAGUGAAUAGUUAAUAACACUUAAAAAGUUUCUGGCAAUAUAAGUAUUGUUAAUUGAGUUGCUACUUGCUAGUGUAAGUAUUGUACCUAUAGAAAUACGUAAAUUCUACCUAAUAUAAAUGAAAAUAAAACGUGCUUGUAUAUUUGCCAUAAAAUUAAUUAAUUAAAUAUUAUUUUUAUUUUAGUUGAAUCUACUCAAAAAUGUGUGAUCAGACAAUACCUUACUCUCCAGGUACAUUGGUAUGGGUAAAAACAUAUAAUCGUUUAUGGUGGCCUGGUAGAGUGGUUGAUCCAACUUCUACUCCACAAGAUCUACAAAACUUUAUUAAACGAAAGAAGAAUCCUAUUGCUGUGGUGCACUUUGAAAAAGAUGAUCAAUAGUAAGUUUAAAUUUUAAUAAGAUUGUAUUCAUAAUAUUAUAUCAAUUAAAUUAUAUAACAUGGGUUAUGUUAACAUAUGGAUAAAGUGCCAACAUCAAUUUAUCGGAUAAAAUUAACAUUAGCUAACAACUGGAUAAUAUUGAAAACCUAUUAAACUAAAUUAAUAAUUGAAUUGAUCAACAAAAUACCUACCUGACCUAGAUAACAAACCAAUUUUUAAAAUUACAUUAUAGUUUUAUUUUGCUACAAAGAAAUUCCCCAAAACAUGCUGUUAUACGAAUAACAGUAAUCCAUUGUUUAUCACAGUCGAGUAGGAAACUAUUUCACAUUUAGAUUAAUAUCAUCAUUAAUAAUUGGUUUAAAUGUAUACCAUUCACUACUAAUUACUCAAACAAUCAACCGAGUUAAUUACCUGUCGAAAUUAAAAUAGAUAACCUUUCAAUCGUUCAUCAUUCAUUAGUAUAGUUCUGUAGUAGUAUCUCAGAAUAGAUGAAAGUACUACACUACCACUGUUUGAUAAAUGGUGAGCGCACAAACUUGUUCACUUUAGUGAUUGGUUAGUUCCAUCCUUACUCCCUAGUCCAUUAUCUGUUCAGUGAACUAUUUAUAUUUUUACAUUUUGUUCAGUUAAUUGAAAAACCAAAGUUUAAAACAAUUAGUGUGUACUGUGCAGCUGGUUGAACUACCAGACAGAUUAAUAUAAAAAAUAAUAAUAUAUAUAUGGACUAAGAUUAAGUUGAAAUAAAAGAUUGAUAUAAUCAAUUAAACAUGUGGGCUUGUGGCAGAAUGAAUAGCUGGUGAAACCCAACAGACAAUACUAGGUAGAAUAUAAUAUACAGUACAUGAAAUAAUAAUAGUUAUUAUAAUGAGUUGUUAUGAGAUGUACACUGUACAGUAAAUUACUUUAAAAUAAAAUCUGAUAGAUGAUAUAAUUAAUUGUAAUUUUUAAAAUCUAAAUAGUUAGGUAGUAGAUAUUUUUAAAUUUCAAAGCUAUGAAAUUAAAAUUAAUUUGUCAAAUAAAUGUAAAUUGAUAUCAAAUAUUUUUUUAUUAUUGAUUUAAUUAUAUCUACUGUGGUCUACUGUGUAAUAAAAUACCCCUUAAAUUAUACUGAAGUUAUGUUAUGUUUAUUACAAUAGUAAUUAGAAUUAAAUGAUAAUAUAACUUAUCAAGAUUAAUUAUUUACUCAACUUUACCAAAAUAAAAAACACAGUAAAAAUAAGAAAUGUAUGUAAGUAAAGUAUGUGUUCCAUUAAGUGUAAAACACCAAAAUAUUCAGCCUGUCUUUUAUAUUUAUAAUCUACAGGUUUAGUAGAAUAAUUUGGUUCUAGUUUAGACUAUAAUAAAAAUAGCAUAAGUUAAGUACAAUUUUUGGAAGUUUUUAUUUAGUCUGAUUCUAUGAAAGCACUAACUAUUUUAGUAUGGCUGAGUAAAUAAUUAAUCAUGACAAGUUAUACUAUCAUUUAAUUCUAAUUAAUAAUUAUAAAAGUAACCGUGACUUCAGUGUAAUUUAAAAGGUGUUUUAUUAAGUACCCUGCUUAAGUACUUUAAGAUUCAUAAUUAGAAAUAUUUAGUAAAAUUAAUAAAAAUAUCAAACCUUGUAAUGAAAAUGACUUUGAAGUUACCGUGUGAGCUCUUAGUCUAUUAAGUGAUCAUCUUGAAAACUAGUUUGUGAUAAAUGUUAAUUUACCAAACUUUUGGACCAAAAUAUAAUCAAAGAUAAUAUGUAUACCUACUUAUAAAUCAGGGUUGGUGCAUAUAAUACAGUAAAGUAUAAAACAUGUAUUAUAUGUAAAAAUAAAACUACUUAUUUUAAUACAUUUUAUACUAUAUAUAAGUUUUUUUUUUUAUGGCUGAGGUAUAUGUGAUAAUUUGUUGUAUUAAUUAAAAAGUUUUAUCUUUAUUCAUUAAUAAUAACUACAUUAUUAUUUAUACUAACAAAAAAGAAAUUUAUUUUGUUUUUAUUUUAUGCUAAAUUGAAGAAAAUUCCUCAAGGCGAUAUUUUUUAAUUUUUUAUAUUAAUUUAUAAGUUUAUAGUUAUUAUCUAUACUAUUAUAUAAAAUUGUAAGGGUUUUUCUUCGACCGCGCUAACCGAGAAAACUACUGGACCGAUUUGGCUGAAACCCGACACUCUGCUGAAGGUUAUAGUACCACUUUUGUCAGUAAAAAAGUUCAUAAAAGUUCAUAAAAAAUUAAAAACAAUUGUACCUAUAUUGUGCGGCACGGCGGGUCGCGGGUUUACAGCUACCUGUAACUUGACCUUUUUUUUGUAUCGUGUUUGAUAUCGGCGUUCCGAGAAGUAUAUCGCACUUACACCGACAACACGUAUACCCAAUAUUCAUAUCUAUACUAUAUUGUUAUUAUUAUAACUUCGUUAUCUAUACUAUUAUAUAAAAUUGUAAGGGGUUUUCUACGACCGCGCUAACCGAGAAAACCACCGNAAAAUAAGUAUAAAGUUCUUGAAAAAUUAAAAAAUUGUCUACCCAUAUUAUAUACGUAUUGUGCGGCACGGCGGCCCGCGGGUUUACAGCUACCCGCGACCUGACCUUUUUGUUCGUCAAAUUGUAUCGUGUUUGACAUCGGCGUGUAGGUACGAAUUGUUCCGAGAAGUUUAUCGCACGCACACCAAACAACAUGUAUACCGAAUAUUCGUAUUAAUCUUUAUCUAUAUCUUUAUAUAUUUAUAUCUACAAUAAUUUCUCAAUUCUCUUUCUCCUUCGGGAUUUCCUCUUCAUAAGCUAAAAUUAAAAAUUGGUACUCCGAUUACAUUAUUACGUAAUCUUCAACCACCGAAGUUAUGUAACGGUACAAGAUGACAAAUAAAAUCGUUGCAGAAUAGUGUUAUAGGAGCCGUCAUUCUUACGGGGCCGGCAAAAGGAGAAAUUGCAUUUAUUCCAAGAAUUCCCGUGAUUCCGUCGGACUUGCCGUUUCCGUUCAAACGGCUUUAAUUCUCUGUUAAAGUUUCUUUGGCAAUCACGAUAAACAAAGCUCAAGGUCAAACAUACAGGUACGUUGGCGUAGGUCUUCGAACACAGUGCUUUUCACAUGGACAAUUAUACGUGGGAUUUUCUCGAACUGGAGACCCGAAGCAUCUUAUGAUUUUAAUUUCAACAGGAGAUAAAACAAAAAACGCCAUAUACUCAGAAGUUUUAUAAAAUUCUUUAUCAACCGUAAAUUACUCAGGAUUUCUUUUGUAUCUGCAUUCAUUUUUAGUAAAAAUAUAUUUGUCAUUAUCCCGCUUGAAACAUUUUAAUACGUUUUCAUUAACCGUUUUUUUUUUUUAUAUUAAUUUGCCGAUAUUAUUAAACGAUAGAAUUUGAUUAAAAAGUUCUAUAUAUCAUUAUCCAAAGGCAAAUUAAACAACCAAUCACGGGUGAAACCGUGACGGGUCGGCUAGUAAUAAUUAUAAAUCUCGAAGAAAAAAAAAGUAUGCUUAACAUUCCUUAUAUCUUAGUUGUUAUGAAGUUAUAUACAUGGGAUAUUAUAUAUGUAAUAUGUAACACAUUUUAUAGGUGUAUAUUAUCAACCUUGCUAUAAGCUUUUAUUAAUCAUUAAUUAAUUAAUAAGUAUCGUAUAAACAACAAUUAUAAUACUUAUAAUUUUAACUCCAAUACCCACAGUGUGUGCAUAAAACAUAUAGUAUUAAAACCUUCACGAUGAGGUUUUCACUUAACUCUUAUACUUAUAUUGUGGUGCUAUUAGUAUUAAAUGUUGAAAUAUUUUUUUAUGCCUUAUUUUUUUUUUUCUAUUUUAUAAAAAGAAAAUUACAAUUGUAAUUUGCAAAUUUAAAAAUAUCAAAUACAAAAAGACAUCCUAGGAUAAUGGAAACAGGUACAGCCAUUAUUAUAUGUAGAUAAUUUAAUUUAUACCUGUGAGCAACGAUAAACCAUUGCUAACAAAAAAGGAUUCUGAGCGGAGUUCAGUUGAUAGUGAUGCUCUGUCAACAAUGCAUAUAUCAUAUUAUCAUAAAAUAAUAACAUAUGCAUUAUACAUUUUAUAUUUUAUAUUUGUUUAAUAUUGUACCUAUUUUCCAAGUUUUUUUUUACAUUUAUCCUGGUUUUUCACAUUUGCUGAGAAAACUUGGGAAAAUCGAAAACUGACCUUUCGUAAGUACUUUGCUAGUGAAAUUUUCUUUUUAAAAACAUUGCUAUCAUUAAAAGUUGGAGCAAAAUUGCUGGUAGAAAAGUUGUGCACAGAAAAAAAGAAGGCUGUAAUAUAUUUUAAUUAAUACCUACAAUUCUUAUAUUUUCCUGUUUUUUUUUUUUCGGUUUUUCAAAUUUGAUGAGAAAACUCUUGAGAAGAACUGAUUUAUUUUCUGAAAAGGUGCUACACUUAGAAAUCUGAGCGAGUCUUCUGAUAAAAAAGUUGUUCGCAGCAAAAAAAAAAAAAAUAAUAAUAAUAAAUACCUUUGUAAAACUAUUAGCUUCUCCGCUCCACUCAGAAUCUAAAAUUAAUUAUACUUAUAUACAUAAUAUACAUUUGAAUAAUAUAACAUACAGUUUUAUAUGUGAUAUAUAUUAUAUUAAUAUAUAUUAAUAUAUUAAUAUUAUAUUAUAUUAUAUUAACCCUGGUUUAAUUUCUUAAUUUCAAAGAACAAUUAAAUGUGCUUCUUAUUAUCUUAUUAACUUUUUAUUUAAUAUUUGUUUGUAUAUAAUUAGUAUAGAUGUUGAAACACAAGUAAACUAAUUUUUAAUUCAAUGGUUAAAAAUUACAGAAACAAAUUUAAAAUGUAAAAAAGAUGUCCUAGGGUAAUGGAAAUCGUUGCAGCCUUAGUUAUAGGUGAGAAGUUAGGAAUGUAGUAGAGGGUAAAUUUAAUAUAUACCUGUAAACAAAAAUAAACCUUUGCUUUCCAAAAAAUGAUUCUGAGUAAAGUUCAGUUGAAAGUGUUGCUUUGUCAAAAAUAUAUAUGUCAUAUUUUAAUAAAAUAAUUAUGUAUGCAUUAUAUAUUUUCUUUAAUAAUAUUUGUUUAAUAUUAUACUUAAUUUCCUAGUUUUCCAGAUAUUAUAAAAAUUGCUUGGAAAAUCAAAAAAUGGUAUCCCUAAAAUACCAUAUAGAUAAAAUUUUCUUUCGGAAAAUCACACUUGAUACAUUGGAGCAAGAUUUCUGGUAGAAAAGUUUGCACAACAAAUGGAGGGGCUGUAGGUACAUCCAAAAUCAUUUUUCCCCAGUUUUAAGUAAAAGGAAAAAAACAUACAAAACAUUUUUUUUGAAAGACUGGUUUAAACUCACGAUCCCUAGAAUGACAAUAGUAUGGAUAUAAUAUCAGAAAUUCAAAAAGCUGCAAAAUUUAACAUAAUACAGCAUUAUUGACACACUGACUAAUUUUUGAUUCACUGGUUUUGUUGUGAAAAAUCACUGAUGGGUAAAGAGAUAAAAAACAAAUAAUUAAACUAACAAAAAUAACCCUAGAUUUGAUUAAAAUUGAUAUUGCAAAAACAGCUAAGAUAUGUUCAAUAAAUAAUAUGUAAUUGUAGCUUAUAUUUUAUGAUAUGUUAUAACAUUAAAAAAAAUUAAAAACAGCAGUUUUGAAAAUUAUAUUUCGUUAUGAUUACAAUUAUUAUGAGUUUUGCAAGAUAAUGGUUAUUCCUGUAGUAGUGAUUUCUCAGCACUGGUGCUAACUGCAAGGCUGUAGGUGAUAUUUAGGCACUGAUUAAUAAAAUUACUUUUCAUUUGUUAUAAAAGUUCCUGUGUAAAAAAAAUAAAUACUAGAUUAAGCUCAAUUUUUUUUUUUAUCAAAAAGUAUGGAUUUUUAAUGAACCCUGAAUUUUAAAUGAAUUUAAUUUAAUGAAUUUUAAAUGAAUUAAAAUUUAAAGCAUGUCUUUUUAUUCUAACAAUUUUACCAUUUCUAGAAAAAACCAAAUCGGUAGUACCUACUGAAUAAAAAAGCUAUACAAAAUUUGCAAAAUUAAAAUGUAGAAAUCUUGCUUCCAUAUGUAAGUGUGUCACCAUUUCCGAAAGGAAAUAUUGUCUAUAUGGUACUUUAAAAAGGAGGUUAUUUUUUGAUUUUCCAAGUCAGUUUCAAAAUAUCUGGAAAAACCCAAGAAACCUUAUGAAAAAAAGCGAAAUUUACGAAAAUAAUGUUUUUUAUUAUUUUAAAUUUUGUUGUAAUUUAUUCAGCAGUACCUACUGAAUAAAAAACUGUACAAAACUUGCAACAUUAAAAUGUCUAUUAACACUCAAAAAUGGUUAAAAUUUGUUUAUAGUUUUACCAUAUCUAGAAAAGGCAAAUAAAAGUUUUGUGUCUCAAAUUUCAGGUCCAUUAAAUAAACACAAAUAUUUUUGACUAAAUUAUAACAAAAAACAAAAUUUAAAAUAAUAAAAAACAUUAUUUUCGUAAAUUUCGCUUUAUGGUUACAUUUAAUCUUGGGUUUUCCCAGAUAUUAUGAAACUGUCUUUGAAAAUCAAAAAAUGACCUUCUUUUUUAACUACCAUUGAGACAAUAUUUCCUUUCAGAAAUGGUGCAAUGUGGAAGCAAGAUUUCUGGUAGAUAUUUUUGUGACAGUAUAAAAGAAAAAAAAGAAAAUUGUAAAACCAAUACAUUCUUCACUACACUCAGAAUCUAAAAUUUGAUUAAAAAUAUUUUUUACUGUAAGUUUAUGGGAGCUCUUCAAAUAUAUUAUAGAAAAAAAAACUAAAAAUGUUGGUGUUCUCAUAUUUGUAUUCCUCUCUGAUACCUAUUAUAUGCUUGUGUAUGUCUGUAAUAUUAGGAUAGUAUCUGUACAAAAGGUUUAUAAAAACUUUAGUUGGUAUUUUAAUCACCUAACACUAACUGGGUAAUGUUGUGGUUAAUGAAUAAUGUUAAAAUUAUGCAGUUAUAAACAAAUAAUUAAGUACUAUCCAAAUUGCAUGACCUAUAGCUUAUAGCUAAAGAGAUUAUCCAAAUGUUAACAUUACUCAUAACAUAUUCAUAUAAUAUAAGUAAUUAUAUUUUAUUUUGUAUUAAUAGUGAUAUAGUUGUUAACAUGGAUAAGGUAUUCUUGUAUUCUUGUCCUAGAAAAUUGGAGUUUUUGGAAAAGGGAUACUGUAAGUAUUCUCAUUUUAAUUAUGUACUCAACACUCUUAUUACUAUUGAUUUUAAUUGUAUUUAUUACAGCAUUAUAUGUUAAACAAAAACAAAGUGUGAAAACCCCUCUUGUUGAUAUGAACAAUUUUGUAGCGGAUGUUAUCAAAUACGAAGGAGAGUUGAAUGGUAACAAAAAAAUUUUUGAACAAUUUGAAAACAAAAAAGAUGAACUUGCACCGCGUAGAGAGCUUAUCAAAGAAUUAUUCUCAUCAUCAAAGGAUACUAAAAAGAAAGAAGCUCAAAAGGCUUCACUAAGUUUGAAACCAACAGUUAACCGACCACAUUCAACCACUGUUCAAUCCAAGUACAAAUCAUUUGUUUCUGCAACACAAAAUAGUAGUGGUGGUUACAGUGGUAAUUAUACUUGCCAGUUAAAAGCAGGAUGCAAUUUCACAAGUCAUCAGUAUGAUGCUCUAAAACGACAUAUGGCUAUAUGCAGAACAAUUGUUGAAGAUGUUAAAAGCGCACCAAAAAAUAAAACUAAAAAAGGAAUUAAUACUAAAACACUAUUCCAAACCCAGAAUAAACGAAAGAGUGGUAUAAAUAAAACUCCAGCCAAAAAAACUAAAAUACAUGUUGAACUUUUAAAGGAUUGGGAAGAUGAAGAUGAGGAUGAAGAUGAUAAUAAAACUCCCAUUAAUCAUGCAGAAUCAGGAGUCUCAAAUGAGCAAACAAAGUCAAAAACAAUUUUUGAUUUUGAUGAAGUUAAAGGAAAUGAUAAAAUUGUUCCCCAUACAACUUCUCAAACUAUUGGCAUUGAAGAAUAUAAUAGAAUUUACGGAAAUCAAGGCACUUCUAAAAAUAAUGAUACUCCAAGAAAAUUAAUCUGUGCCUGGGUAACGGGAGAAUCAAUUCCAAGAAAAUAAAUUAUUAAUUAUUAAUUAAUAAAAACAAAUUUAUUUCCAAACAUUUUAUUUAAAGUCUACACUUAUCCUAAUAAAUACAUUUAUUCUUGAAAUUAAUCCUUCUUUUACCAAGUCACCGAUUUUAAUCAUAUUAAUGAUUUUUGAAAACAUUUCUAUUGAUUAAAAUGAUAUUAAUGAAAUUUUUAAUUAACUUUUAUAAACUACUAUAAAUGCAGUUGGUAGUUGGUAAAAAUUUAUAAUUUAGCCAACUUAGAUUGUUUACAAAUUUUAGUUAUAUUAGUUUACAUUUAUUGUAAUAUUAAUCAAAUUUCAUGUUAUUAAAAAUAAAGAAGUUAAUAGUUUGAGGAUAAUAGUUGUUUUAUGUUUAUACUCAAGCUAUUUUAACACUAGUAUAAAUACACAUAAAAAAAAAAAAAAAAUACAGGUUAUAUUUAUUAUUAAUCGACUUAUUAAUUGUUUCUAUUUUGUGUGUUCAUAUUUAGUAAGUUUAUUUAUAAUAGUACUCACUAAAUAGUAGGUACUCUAUAAAGUACAUUAAUAAUAAGUACAUUACUUAUUUAUAUAUAAGUGUGUCAAUAGGAUACAAAAUGUAUGUGUUUGAUCAUUGUUUAUAAAUAAGUAUUAUAAUAGUAUUUUUCACUUUCUGUUUCUUUUAAGUUAUAAAUAUACUGUAGUAUUAGUAAUAGAAUUUUAUUUUGCAUGACAAUAGUACAGAAAAGCUUCGCUAUCUUUUCUGUUGUAAAAUUAAAUUAAGGUAAUUAAUGACUUCAUGGUUUUUUUUAUUCACAGACAUUUGUCUUAAUAUUAAGCUUUUAUUUAAUUAAUUUCUUUAUGUCACAACUUUUCAUGGUUACUCCUAUAUAUAUACAUUAAUUUUUUUUUAUUAUUAUUAUUAUUAUUAUUAUUAUGCUAGUUAAAAACAAAAAUGUUGUAAUGUUUGUAUAAUAGAUAUGCCAAUCCCUAAGUAUAAUGUUGUGUUCUUAAAUUUGUAUUUAAGUUCAUAAAUCAUACUUAUUACUACAUAAAUUGACACAGUAAAUAUUUUUUAUGUCUAAAAAUACUCAAGCUAGCUUGGUAUAUUUUAUAGUGAUGCCAAAAUCAAAAAAAAACUAAAUAUAUUGUACAAACCAUUUGUAAAACUAAAGUGAUUAAAUUCAAGUAUAUUAAAAUGGUUUGUUACUAAUUACUUGCAGACUUAAAGUUAAUUGAAAAUGUUGCAACCGAUUGCUACUCAUCAUAAUUUAUAAUGGUAUAAAAUAUACAAUAAAUUUAUCUUUGUUGUGUAUUUUUGCUAACUAUUGUGCCGAACUUUUUCUUAUUGAUCAUUGGUGAAUAUUAAUUACAAUAAUUAUUUUGUGUCAUUUAAAAACUAAUAAUGAUUUAAUUUGUAAUUAUAUAAUUGUACACAUAUUAAUAAUUAUUAUGAUUUACAUUAUAUUAUUAAUAUGUCCUGGUUAUGUCACUAUUGUAUUAAUUAAACAUAUAAUAUUAUCAUUAUUUAUUUUGUAUUUGUUUCAAAUGAAAAAAUUUCACAGUUAC